ACUUGAAAGAGGUUAUAAUGUUAGAAUGUUAGCUUUCUGUCUUUUUUAGAUUUAUUUACGAUGUAUGUGGAUGAUAUAAAAAACGAUUUUUAUGAAUAUUUAUCAGGAAAGCGAAUAUUUCUAAUGGUUCAUUAUGAUAUCGAUAGUAUAUGUGCAUGUAAAAUACUCCAGUCUCUUCUUAGGUACAAGCAUAUUUUAUACUCUUUGGCUGUAAUAAAAGGCAAACAAGACAUCAAAACAGCAUAUAGGGAAAACUGCAAUGAUGUUAAAUAUUUUAUUCUAUUAAAUUGUGGGGGAACUAUAGAUAUUGUAGAAGAAUUAGAAGCAGAAGAGGACGUUACUUUUUUUAUUUUGGACAGUCAUAGGCCUACAGAUCUGUGUAAUAUCUAUAGUAAUGGGCAGGUCAGAAUACUUUCAACUCCAGAAGAAGAUAUUGCUGUUCCAGAUUUUCAUGAUGUUUUUAGAGAAGAGUCUGAUGAUGAAGAAGAUGAUAGUGAUGAUGAAUCACAAGCAGCAAAAAGAAGAAGGUUGGAUGAAGAACAGUUAAUAAAGAGAAGGGAAAAAAGGUUGUGGGAAGAAAACCGUGAUAAAUUAAUUUUUGAAUAUUCUCAAUUUACAUACUAUGCCAGGGCAAGUGCAAUACGAAUUUUUGAACUUGCCUGGAAACUGAAUAAAGAUGACAAAGACCUACUCUGGCUGGCCAUAGUAGCAUUAACAGAACAAAUGCUUUUAGGCAAAAUAGAAAGCACCCAAUAUACACUAGAAAUCGGUCCUUUGCAGGCACAUGCGGUACGCUUACAGAACAAAACUAAUGACACAGACGUUAUGACAUCACUUAAAAUUACUUUUGAGAAUGAUUUGAAAUUAACCCUCUACAGACAUUGGUCAGUAAAAAGCAGUUUGAAGUAUUCCAUGUUUCCAGCGGUUAAAAUGAAGCUAUGGUCACUGAAGGGAGAUAAAAAAUUGCAUGAAUUGUUGGCAGACAUGGGGUUUCCUCUUAUUCAAAGUCAGCAAGCAUUCAAAAGUAUGGACUUACAACUAAGGAAAGAGUUUCAUGAAUCACUAGAAAAACUUUCAGAAAAGUAUGGCUUGCAGGAUAUAGUUUAUGCAUCAUUUGUACUUCAGUAUGGAUACAGAAAUAGAUACUGCGCGGCUGAUAUAGUGUUUGCCUUAUUAGCUAUACUAGAAUCAUCACCUAGAGAUAAGAAACCCGAAGAAUUGUUUAACUUAACCUUAGAUUGUCUAUCCAGAACGAAAAGGGAGAUUCUUAGCAGUGCAAUAGAUAGAGCUAAAGACAUUUCCAAAACGUUAUUUAAAACAGUUCAAAGUGCUUUAGAUAUGAAACAGAUUAUAACAGCUGGACCUUUCGUAUAUUUUAUCAUACAAGAGGGCAGCCCCAACUGGCACAUGUUUUCUCACCAGCAUGUGUUAUUGAUGUUAGCGCAUUUUCUUUUGAGGGCAUACGUCGCCAUGUCCAGAAAUAGGAAAGCCAGUACCCUACCACUUAUAGUGUCAGCUCCUAAAAAUCUAGAAUCAGGAACUUGUAUAUUACUAGGGAUACCGCCAUUAUGUGAGAAUUCUCCAAAGAACUUUUUUGGAAAAGCUUUUGAACAAGCCGCUGAACGAGUAAACUGUGACGCAUCCUGUGACUUCAUUGACACAUCCUAUUUUGAAAUACACGCCAAAGAUAGGACGAGAUUUUUUGACGCAUUAACAGCGCUGUUAAGCUGAUGGUUUUUAAAUAUAAUUAUUAAGUACAAAGUAAACUGUAAGAAUUACUGUAAAUAUUAUUUAUUUUUACUUGUAAAUAUUUUUUAUACUAUCGAAUUGUGUAUAUUUGAGUGUCGAAAAAAUAUAAUUUUCGUAUG